AUGUCCGCGGCGGCGAGGGGGGCGGCGGCGGCGGCGGGGGAAUCAGAUUGGGAGUGGGAGGCGCUGCCGCCGCUGCGGCGGCAGCGGUGCUUCCUAGGGGCGGCGUUCGAGCCGAGCGGCGCGCUGCUUGCGAUGGGCGGGGGCACCGGGCCGUACAGGAACGACUCCGCUUUCGAGACGGUGGAGGUGCUGCGCACCGGCGCAGAUACGUGGGUGGCUGGACCGAGCAUGUGCCAAGCUCGCUGCGGCAUGGGCGUGACCGCCUUGCCAGACGGGAAGGUCUUUGCCGUCGGUGGUUACGGGGGAGACUUGGUGUACCGGAGCUCUGUCGAGGUUCUCGACCCGUGUGCCGAGCGAUGGGCUGUAGUGGCUCCGAUGAAGCGCUGUCGCACCGGGGUCGCCGCGACGGCGGGACCAAAUGGCCGACUCUACGCCGUUGGCGGUUCUUCGGAUGGAUCUCACGGGCUCUCGUCGGUGGAAACCUUGGACCCGCGAGAGGGGAAGUGGAGCGCCUCCCCCCGCAUGGUCUUCGGCCGGGCAUUCUGCUGCGCGUCCUUCGCGGCGUCGGGCUGCCUGUACGUCGUUGGGGGCACGUCCUUGGCCACUGGAGUAAUGAGGACCGUCGAAGUGUUCGAUCCCCGCUCGGAGAAGUGGAGGGUCGAAGAACGUUUCGGGGCUGGCGACGGGGGCCGGGCCGUAACCGACGCCUCCCUGGUUUUCCAGUCUUGAGGCCUCUUUUAAUUUCUUUGGCGGCGUACACAUUUCUUUACUUUUUACUCCGGGGUAUAUGUAUGUAGGAUGUGUUUUUACCGAGUGAUGAUAGCGUCUUUGGCCUUUUGUUGUUGCGUUUUUCUGGCGAUCAGCCCGCAACCGCGGAGAUUCCAAGCUUCUUUCUUGAGGAACGAUUGCGUAAAGGUCGAAACGGUUUGCCCAAGGCGGAAGUAAUACAUGAACCGUGACAAGAAGGUAUCUUGCCACGUUAAUUAAAGUAUCAUAUUAAGAUUCAAUUUUUAAGUCGCGAGUUCGAAUCUGCGGUGUGGCAUUGUAUGAUGUCCCGCGCGAUUGUGUUUUUGUGUUGGGAGGCUAUCAUAUCUUUAGUUGGAUAAACCUUUGACGGAAUUCAAGCAGUAAGUGCAUGGGAGGAGUAUUCAACGAGGCCGAUCUUUCGUGUCGACCUACACACGAAUGGAUCUGGCAUAGUUUCCUUCCCCCGACAGUAGUGCUGUAUGUGUUGUCCUGGUUUUGCACAGGUGUUGGCGUGUCUGUCUGCCCCCCACCCCCCCGUCGUUGUUGUUCCACAGAAUAGGGAGACGGCCCAUGUUGAAUACCGAGGGUGUCCGUCCGUGUUUCGCGUCCAUACAAGUUGUUUUUCGUUUCGACCCGAUCCUUGACUGCUUACGUGUGUGUUUACGUCCGUUGUUUUGGCGUUAAUGGUGUGCUAGACUGGAAACACUUCAUGGGCGGGUUUCAUGCCAUCGAGGAACAAAACGCUAGAAUCGCUACGAGUCCACGAUUCUCCCGAACUUGUGGGUGUUCAUUUCAAGGAAUGUUUUACGUCUCCUCUGCAGUAGAAGUUUUUUAGUUUCAGGGCUAGAGCUCGGCUGUCGAUGGAGAGGUACGAACAAUGUCUACUCCUUUGCUCACAGUGCAAAGUAAGUCCUCACGAUGAGCGACGACCGUGGCGAACUCGGGGCACGUGUAGAUUGACGCGGACACAGUAAAGACAGGAAUUGUGGUGGAGACUAAGAGAGGGAAAGAGAAAGAGGUAGUGGGAAAGAAGUGAUACGAUAGGGGCGAAGAAGGUGGACAGCCAUCGACCAUCAAAAUCAUUGAAGCGUGCACCUUCAUCCGGAAUAAGGGGGACUUUUAGAUACAACUCUGGUCAGAGGGGCUUAUCCCGCCGGCGUUGGAGUCAGACGUUCUGGUUCUUAGGACCCCAGGUCCCCCAAAAAACAUUGCAGCAAUCGCCGUUCUUGUUGGCGGUAGUCUGGUUGGUUUUCGUCGGGCGAUGGCAACUAAACAACUGAGUUUGCAGCGUAACUCUUCGACUACGUCGUGAAGUUGUUCGGC